CAUAAAUGGCAGAUAUAAAGUGAGGAUUAAAAUAAUAUAUAAUCUCUGGAAAAACAAUUCUUCAUUCGUUUACGUUGCCAACGAACCCUUAAAUAUUUUAUACUUGACUUUGGUUUGUUUGAAUUUCCACUCAGCAUUAGCCACGAAAUUAAGAAAUAUAAUUUAUCCUCUUGACACGGAAGAAAAAAAGUUCCAGCGUGCUGGGCUAACGCUAUAGGAAUACUACCUAGCUUUCUAGGUAUUAUUAUAUGUUUGAGCACUGAUGAAAAAUAAAUAUUCACAUACACUUGUCCGAAUAAUGCAUGUAUUUAAAAUAAAAUUCCAUCAGAAUGUAGAGUAGCUUUUGGGGAGUACCCAACCCGGAAGUCCUGCCUCCUGCUGUAUUUUCGUGUUUUAUCAGUUACCCAGCUAGCUAAAGGAGGCAGAGCCUGGCGAGAAGGCUACAUACAUCUGUGUAUUGGCGAAAAAUGGAUGUUGGUUACGGGCUGGCUUGUGCGCAGCGGUCAAACGCGUAGCAGGACAGCCGCAGCGCCCGUCGCGGUCUUAUAAAGAAGCGAGCGCAGGGAACAGAGCAGCAGCUCCGGAGCCGGAGCUCUCUGGCUUUCUGUGGACGCAUCGGACCUGCGUGUGGCUACGUUGCUUUGGCCAAGCAGAUACGGGAGGGACUUCAGGUUAAAAUAAUAAUAAUAAAAAAAAAAACUAUGGCAGAUCUUCAUAUCAUGGAACCGAGCGGUACGGCUACUAUAGAACAGACGGAGCCGCGAUCUGUUAGGCUCGCCUCGCCCACUCUCACGGUCCCGCCGCGGAGCGCUUUGUCCAGCCCGGGGCUGUCGACGCGGCCGAUGUUCGUCUUCCCCCUGAGGAGCAGCCCGAGUUCCCCGUCGGAGCAGCUGGAGAAGCCGGGAUCCAGAUGGGUCCGGCUCAAUGUCGGCGGAACCUACUUCGUCACCACAAAGCAGACGCUGUGCAGAGACCCGAAAUCAUUCCUGUACCGGCUUUGCCAAGACGAUCCUGAUCUUGUUUCAGACAAGGAUGAAACGGGGGCCUACCUAAUCGACAGGGACCCCACUUACUUUGGCCCUAUUCUAAACUACUUGCGUCAUGGCAAGCUCAUUAUAAACAAGGAUCUGGCUGAAGAAGGCGUUCUGGAGGAGGCCGAGUUCUACAACAUCGCGUCUCUGGUGCGGCUGGUCAAGGAGAGGAUAAGAGACAAUGAGAACCGGACGUCACAAGGUCCAGUGAAGCAUGUGUACCGGGUACUGCAGUGUCAGGAGGAGGAACUUACCCAGAUGGUCUCUACGAUGUCAGAUGGCUGGAAGUUUGAGCAGCUUAUUAGCAUCGGGUCCUCCUACAACUACGGCAAUGAAGACCAAGCGGAGUUCCUCUGUGUGGUCUCCCGGGAGUUGAACAAUUCCACCAACGGCCUUGUGAUUGAGCCCACCGAGAAAGCCAAGAUCCUUCAGGAAAGAGGGUCGAGGAUGUGAGAAGGGGUUGCUGUUGGAAGCUUCCAGACAUGUACAUCACCACCCCCUCCCAACUCGCCAGAUAUGCCAACACCUCACCGUUGUCCUCCUGGCCACGUUUUCUUUUUUUUUUCUUUUUUUUUUUAAUUUUUGGGACACACAUCCACAGCUGCCUCUAGGGGGCGGUAUCCCACCUCACUCCGGGGCACCUGCUCCUUUUUGCUGGCAGGGCUCACUAUGGAUAUUGAAAUCCCAGUUGUUAAGUUGGGCUCAGUGACCAAAUGGAAAGGAGGUAAUCGGUUGUAGUUUUUAUGGAAAGAAGCGUGUUGAUGUCUGGCGCUGGCAGUCACUCGAUGAUUUAUUGAAGAGACGGGACAGACAGUGUCCUGCCUGACCUUUCCAGUGCCAUCUCUGCCCUUCUGCGCUUGGUCAAGGGGAGGCACACAUCUACAACAUGGGUGUGAAACGUUCCCAAUUCUCACAUACAAGGGCUGGAGAUUGCUCAUCUUGUUCUCACACCGAAGAAGAUACUCGGCAACCAAUUAAAGCAAAGACUGCAGCUGCCACCCCGGCCUGUUCUCGUCCCUCAUUGGCUGAGUCAUCCAUCGAUCAUCCCGUUGUCUUGGAAAUGGGGGUGUGGCCUAUCUUGGGCAUAGAUGCUAAUUCUGCCAGAACGAGAGAUAGCAGCGGCCACCUACUUCACUAACAACCAAUCAGAGCGAAUCAGACCCCUGCCCCGCUCACCCUGAAGAAACCUGCUUUCCGCAUCCUUAGUUUUUGUGUCUCUUUUUGUCGUGGAUUUUAUUGACGGAAAAUGUGUCCAGCAUUAAGGAGAAAAUGCAGGUCUGUAUAGUAACUUGAAUACUGAGUAAUAUAUAUGGAUAUACAGACCGGUGUAUAUAUACACACUUGCGUUGCUCAGAUUCAACUUACGCGGAAAGCAGCCUAAUUCCAUAGGUAUUGAGCUGUUUUAUUGUGUUCAUCAGUUUUGUGGAAAAAUUCCUUCCAACCCAUCCCAGGAAUGCACUUUUUCCCCUCUCUUUGUAUUUAAGAGCUAAAUCUGUACUGUAUGAAGUAUCUCUUUCCCUAAACAUUGGUACAAGGAAAGAAACCAUAAGUGUGCAUUUUAGUUGUGAGUUUUUGUACGUUGUGGGUCUCCUAAGAAUUUAUGUUUUAUAUGAAUUUUAUCCUGGUAUUAUUCACAUAUUUCGCGGUGCGAAUAUUAAAGAGCGGAACGUCCUGCGUGCUAAGUUAGGGAGGAAACUGGUGACCAGUUUGAGAACAUUAGUAUUGUCACAUCCCACAAAGUGUGUCUGCUGGCUGUGCUUCAGACUGACCCGUUUUGAAAAGGUCGAGUCACAGGCUGACACUUGGGCUACCUGGGAGACCCAGGAUCUCGCUGCCCCCAAACCCCUAUAUAUUCCCGUGGAUUUUUAAAAGAAGCUUUUGCUCCAGGAUCUAAGAACAGGUCCAAGUCCUGGAGAACCUGAUGUUUUGUAUUUUGUCACAUUGGUUCCUUCUCUAACUGAACCGUUGGCCGGAAUUCAAAUUAUUAUCUGCGGACGCCGAUAAGUGUGCGAGAAUGCGUUGAGAUAUGUUGUCGCCCCUACACUUCAGAUAUCUAAGCGUAUCCAGAUACCAUUGAGGGCCCAGACAGCGAGUUGUAUAAUUAUACAUGCAAGUAUAUGCAUGUCAUAAGAAGGAAUUCCAAGUUUACCCGUGAAGGGAAGCGCUUAAUAUCCUCCCACGUCACCUUUUGUGUGUUUUGUAUUUAAACAUAUGUAUCGAUGUUUUAUCUAAGGGUGCUUAGGUCUUUGGGCUCAAGAUGCCAAGUGCACUCUCCGAUUAACGUUAUCUAUGCGCCACAGCUAGCUAGCGCCCUUGAAGUACGACGUUUGACUUCGAUCGCCCACCCCUUUCCUUUUUCAUUCGAAACGUAGAUGUGAAGCAGUUACCUGAUGUUGUGGCAUGAAUUUCAAAGAAAGUGUUUUAAUAUGGAAGAUGUCAGGAUUUAGGUGUUUUUUUUUUUUUUUUUUUUUGGGCCGAGCUUAAAAAUGAGAAAUUGGGGGGAAAUUCUCCAGCAUCACAGGUGGGGGAACCUGGACAGAUAUUUUGAGGCUCCCUCUCAGAGUGCCUGGGAUGUGCUUUUGUAGCCUCGGGGCAGAUCCUAAGCAUCGUGAUGUUCCCCCGGUCAAUCUGUCGUGAUGUGCCAAGUCUGGUGUUGUGACACUUGCAGCUCGAGCUCCAUCUCGGAGCGUUCCGGAACGUACUCCCUGUUCGUUCGGUGAUUGUAUUACCACCAGGUUCGCCCCAUGAGAGUUCGCGGUCUUGUGUUUCAGUUCAUCACUGUCAUUACACUAGGAAGGAAGGAUUACGGAGUCCAACCUUGUCGACCUGUACCCGUUUCAGUGAUUCGCCUUUUGUCCUUUUGUAUCGCUGCGAUGCCUGUUGCCCCGUUUUCUGCAACAGGCCACACAUUUGCAGAGCUACAUUUCAUUGGGCUCCGCCUUACUGACUGAGUUUAGCCCCCAGGCCCCUCGAAGACCCACAGACCCCCAGCAUCCAUGGCAUUUGUGAACCUAGUGAUUCGGAGCUCAGCACCGGGCCUCACAUCUACAUACUAUAGGUGGGGUCAGGCUUGAGUUGUCAUGGAGACAUUCAACUAGGGUUUGGGGGAGGAAUGAAGGUCAGGUCAUGAGUAGCUGCCUUUUCACAUCAAUAGCUGAUGGUUGAGGGUCAUUCAUCCACACGAUCAGCCUUUAUUUUUCUGUACCUUUAAGACGUCUGGGGAUGGAAUCUCAACCAUUGUAUUUUAUAUAAUCACGUACUUUUACUUUGCCUUCCAUUGCAACAGCACUUAAAGUUUGACCUUGACUUCCUCGACGAUCAUGGAAAAAUGCUAUAACUGGUGUUUACACUCAGCCGUACUUGUCACUGCUUGUGGUCCCCGCGCUAGUGAAGAUAGGCCGUACGUAUUGCAUUUCUUUAAGUUAUCACACCAGACUUAUAUUGCACGUGUGAACUAUGAAAGUGUUUAACAACUUGGUUUGCAUUUUUUUUUUUUAUCAGAGGGUACAAGCUUUCGUGUGAAGGCAGCCAUUUUGCCCCUUGUAAGAAUUUUGUGCCAAUCUGUAACAUAAAGCAUAAAACAUUGAUAGCUUAUACCAACAUCUCAGACCAAACCAUUUCUGCAAACCAUGCAGUAAAACCAAUUAUAAAACCUUA